AUAAAUAAACAAAUAUCUCGUGAAUUUAGCUACCUACGAUUUUCCCUGUAAUUCGCAGUUUUCAUCGUGAUUGUAACACCAACUGAGGUAAUUUCUCUCGAUUUUUCAAUCUGUGAUCGAUUCUUUCACUCUCGUUUUCUCUGUCUUAGAUAAACAUGAUGAUAUUCACGCCUUCCAUAGCUAUACCUCCCUUUCCGAAUUUGAUGAAUAAAGAUGCCUGGAUAUUUUUUACAAGUAAUUUUAGCGAUGAUCUUUUGUUUUCCUUGUGUUUUUGCGGCUUAUGUUCUUGAAUAUUGUUGAAUUCGUUCUUUUUUCUUGUUAACCCUUUGAAUUGCGACAUAAAUAAAGAAUUCUGUUGCUUAUUGCUCUAGAAAUUGUGUUUGAUGCUCUUAUGAUGAUCGAAACGUUAACUCUAUGGUUGAUCAAUAUAUGAAGUUUGAGAUCGGAUGUAUUGUAGGCUUCUUUCCAUUCAAUUUGGAAACCUAGGAUAACUUUGAUAUGGAUAAGAUGAUGCCGCCAAUGAAGAUGCUACUUAGUAGUAGUACUUUAGAUAGUUAUGGCCAGUGUAGUUUAAUUCUCUCCCCUGCAGUAACCAGCAAAUUAAGUUCGAAUUUUGGGAUAUCGCAAUUUUAUUUCCAAACGUCUACCACAUGGUUGUUGUUUUGGAUUCUAUGAACUUUGAUCUCUUAGUAACCUGAUAAUGCAAAAAGUUUGAUGAAAUCCAGGCUUCCAAUCUAAUUUUUCUGGUUAAUGAUAGCCGCCUACUUCUUGCAGGAGGUAAAAAUGGAGCACGAGAGUAAUUUCCAUGAAAUAUCGGUUACAUGGAGGGGGAAGAAGUAUGUUGUGAAUAUGGAUUUAGGUGCCACUCUCGAAGAAUUAGGGCAUGAAUUACAGAAACUGACUGCAGUGAAAGAAGACACUUUGAAGCUCAUUGUUCAAUCCCAUAAAAUGUCAAUAUUGUUAUCCCCUUUCUCUGAUGAGCAAUCUCGUCUCACUUUGCGGGAAACAUCCAUUACUGAGGGGAAACCUAUACGGAUGAUGGGAUCACGGAAAGAAGAGAUCGAUCAAGUUCUAAAAGAUGCAAGGACGGACAUGAGGAUAGCUGGAUUUGAUGAAGAAGAAAAGCGAACGAGGCAAAGAAUGUCAAACGGGUUUCAUACCCCACAGAAACUUCCUCAAGGAAAAUAUAUAUUUGGUGAUUUUAAAACACUUGAUCUUCCAGGAAUCGAGUUAAAUCCUCCAGCUUCAGAGGCACUGAGACUAAUGCACACUCUUGCUGCGGAUCGAGGAAUUGUCGCUGUCAUGAAUAAGCAUCAAUGGCGUGUGGGAAUCAUGACUGAGAUGGCUCCGGAGGGGUAUGUUGGCGUAAGUCCUGUGUGCAUCCUUGGUUUAAACAAGAAUAAAGGUGAGGAGAUAUCUUUGCGUCUUCGAACUGAUGACCUUAAAGGUUUCAGAAAAUAUCAGAGCAUUAAGAAGACUCUUUUGCAUGAACUUGCCCAUAUGGUUUUCUCUGAACAUGAUGCGAACUUCUAUGCUCUAGAUAAACAGCUUAACCUGGAGGCAGAUGCUCUGGACUGGACAAGAUCCACGCGACACACCUUAAGCGGGACCCAGAAGUAUCAACAACAUGAACCGGAGUUUCAUGUUUCUGAUAGUAGUAGUAGCUUGUCUCAUAAACUUGGGGGGAACUCAUCUUUAGAUUCACUGGCUAAUGCUCGAGCAUCUUCAGUUGCUGCUGCUUACCAGCGUCUUGUGAUUGCAUCGAACAAUCCAUCAAGAACACCCGAGUCACUUUCAGAACCCGAUCCUGAUGCUUCUAUGGACAUUAGCGAAGGUCAGAAGAAACGAACUUAUGAACCUGACCCUGAUGACUAUGAGGUGUUGACCAACAACCAUGAGCCUGACCCGGAUGAUAGCAUAAACGGUGAAGCCAUGGACUCUGAACCAUGCAGAGAAUCGACAGAAAACAUUAUUACUUCUGAACUCGAUCACAGUGAAACUGAAGAAAUUCUGGUUGGUGUGUCUGAAAAUGAAGUUAAGAGGGAAAAUAACGAACCUGAUCCUGAUGAUACUCAUUCAGACAGAAAGACAGGGGCAGAGCCAGACCCUGAUGAUUUAGAUGGUAUGUUACAUGAUGAAGAACUACAGAGAAUUCAAGAUCCUGUUAUGGUUGCUUGUAAUCGUCUGAAGAAGUCCAUUGAGACGCUGCAAUCCGAAGUUAGUCCCUCUGAGGCUGCCAUGGUUUUUCAGACUCUCGUUAAGAUAGUCAGGAACGUUAUUGAACACCCUGAUGAAACAAAGUUCAGGAAAUUGCGCAAGGCAAACCCUGUAAUCCAGAAGAACAUAGCAAGUUACAAUGGUGCAAUGGAGAUACUGUUCUUGAUUGGUUUCUGUGAAGAUGUGGUUCAAGAUGAGAUUGGUAGAGCAGAAUCUUAUUUGGUAUUGAAGAGGAAUGAUCCAGGCUUGUUGUGGCUGGCCAAAUCCUCUUUGGAGACAUGCAUUGCUUUCUAGACCAUUGUUAAAGAACAGUGAUUCAGUUGCAUAUGUACAUAGAGAGAGAUUGGAGUAUUUGGAUUUGUACAUGUUUCGCAUAUAAAAGGCUUCUUGUAUACU